AUGCCUGAUUUGGGUUUUCCAGGUUCAUCCCUGAGACCCAGCUCAACGGCCCAUUCUCCGGGUGCUGCAGCGGACAAUCUUCCUGCAUCCUCGCCGCAUGGCCAGUACUCUGGAACCCCAACUUCUGAACAAUCAUCCUCUCCCACAUUUCCUAAUUCAUCUACAACACUGUACACACCAAGCACCAUAACUAGUAGCAUAUCUUCAAGUCCCUAUGCACAAGCAUUUGGGGGUACCAGCAGCUCUGCAGACUCCAGAGGUCCACCAUUUUCUCCAUUUGCCCAGUCUUAUGGCUAUCCUAUGUAUGGUUAUAACCAAGUUGGGGGAUUUCCACCGUCCAAUUCCCUGGAUGGUGUGAAUCGUUACAUGGGAGGUAUUUCAUCAUCUCAGCUGAUGCAGUCUUCAGCUAUGGGGCUCUAUUCAAACAGUCAAGCUGGUCAGAUGCCCUUUCCAUACCAUCCAUCAAUGGGUUGGGGUCCAACAAUUCCUGGUUUUCAACUUAAAGAAAGCUCAGACUUGAUGUCACAAGAAGAACUGGAUCGAUACAGAUACAGGCAAUUAUCGACACCAUAUUUCCCAGGUUUGCCACCCGGGGGUCCCUCUGGUAGAAAUUUCCCCCCACAUCCAUUGCAACCGAGCAUGAUGCGGACUCCUCCAUUUUUAGAUGACAGAGUUCAUAGUCCAGCUCCAAAGAAGCCAAAGAAAUCCACAGAGGAAGCAGAAAGACCUCCUACACCC